UACUACAGCGACUUGUGGCUGAGGCUGACAAGCCCUUGUCACGUGACGGUGUACGGGCCAUCUUCUAGUUCCGUACAUAAUUUUUCACUCUGUGUGACCGCGAAUAAGAUAUUUCCCUCCCCCUUUGAGUGUGGGUCUGUAUGGCGAAGUAAAAAUGGCUCCUUUUCCUGAAGAAGUGGAUGUAUUUUCUGCUCCGCAUUGGCGGAUGAAGCAACUUGUUGGCCUUUAUAGUGAUAAGCUAUCAAAGACCAACUUUUCUAACAACAAUGAUUUCCGUGCUCUGUUGCAGUCACUCUCUGCUACAUUUAGAGAGUUUAAAAUGCAUGAACAAAUUGAGAACGAAUACAUCAUCGGCUUGUUGCAGGAGCGUAGCCGGACUAUGUAUAAUGUACACUCUGAUAAUAAACUAUCUGAAAUGCUUAGCCUGCUUGAGAAGGGGCUUAGAAGUAUAAAGAAUGAGUAUGAACAACUGAAGUAUGCCCAGCAGCUGAAAGAAAGGUUGGAAGCCUUCACAAGUGAUUUCUUACCUCAUAUGAAAGAGGAGGAAGAGGUUUUCCAACCAAUGUUGAUGGAGUAUUUUUCAUAUGAGGAAUUGAAGGACAUAAAGAAGAUUGUGAUUGCACAGCAUAGUUCUCAUAAACCAAAAGACUGUACAGAACUUUUGAAGGAUCUGAACCUCCUGAAUCAAUCUGAAGAGAGAGAACAAACAUCUAAAUAUUCUGUGGAGGAGAAAUCAGAUCAAGAUGUCAAGCCAGCAGCUAAUUUGGUACACAUUUCUCAGCUUCCACCUGAGGUGAUGCUGAAGAUUUUCAGUUUCCUGAAUCCUCAGGAGCUGUGUCAGUGCAGCCAAGUUCAGCACGGAUGGUCAGAACUAGCUAGAACUGGAUCACUCUGGAAACAUCUUUAUCCAGUCCGGUGGGCCAGAGGUGACUGGUACAGUGGGCCUCCACGAGAGUUUGAUGAAGAACCAGAUGAGGAAUGGGUAAUCAGUAGGUCCAAAGAGAGCCAGGCAUUCCAGGAGUGGGAUGAAGAUGCUGAUAUUGACGAGUCUGAGGAAGCUUCAGAAGAAUCGACAGCUGUCAGUGUUGCAAGGCAAGAGAAGUGUUUGUUACAAAAACUGAUUCACAGCAUCCUGCCAUGGGUAGGACCAUAUGUGAAGACUGUGGUACUAGCUUACAGUUCAGCUGCUUCCAGCAAAAUGGUUCGGCAUAUUUUAGACCUUUGUCCUAAUUUAGAGCACCUCGAUCUUACACAGACCAGUGUUACAGACUCUGCGUUUGACAGUUGGUCUUUUAUUGGAAGCUGCCAGAGCCUUCGUCACCUUGAUCUGUCUGGUUGUGAAAAAAUUACAGAUAUAACUUUGGAGAGGAUAUCAGUUGCUGUUGGUGACGUUGCCUCAAAGAACAUCAAAGCAGAUAUCUUUGAACGGUGCAUUAACAAGAACAGAAAUCCAAGAUUCUUAAAUGACUGUAUGGAUAAGAAUAAGCUCAUUGAUGAGAGGCUCUUGCCAGUUACAAAUAAUCUGAUUCCAUUAAGGUGUGUAAAAUUUGCAAGCUGUCCUAAUAUUCCUACCCAUGUCUGGCUGAUCCAUAUGGAAGAUCUGGUAGAUAUUGAGGAUGCUGAAAAAUCAAGACUGAGAAACAUUGAGGGACUUGGACUUGUGGUGCCUUCAUCACAGUUACCUUGUGGUGGCUCUGGAUGUUGUAGCAGGGACAAUUCUAACAUGAAAACUAGGGCCUGUUGGCAGCGUUACAGGACAUCUACUGCACUGGCACAAUGUGGUCAUUCAUUGUGCUCUGCUGAGACAGCCUUAAGGACUACAAAUGCACUCCCAGUAUCCUCUGCACUGGUAGAUGCAAAGAUAAGGGCUAAACAGACAGUGGAGAGGAAACUGAGGCGUAUUGAGGGCAAGAGUAUAAGUCAGGGGGCUGCUCGUGUUCUUAAGUUUCUGAGCCUUUCUGGAUGUUACCAAAUCACUGACCAUGGUCUCAGAGCACUGGUGUUUUAUGGUGGACUGCCUUCACUGGAACAUCUUAAUCUCUCAGGAUGUCUUUUGAUAACUGGAGCGGGACUGCAGGAUUUGGUCUCAGUAUGUCCGUCUCUGAAUGAUGAACAUUUCUACUAUUGUGAUAACAUCGUAAAUGGUCCCCAUUCUGAAACAGCCAGUGGAUGCCAGAAUUUGCAGUGUGGAUUUCGAGUUUGCUGCCGGUCUGGAGAAUAACUUCAUGAUAAGCUGUCUUUCCUUAAGUCUGCUUUGUGUUACCUGUGCAGACUGCUUUCAUGCACUUUACUGACUAGGUCACCUGGUUCAGUCAUAAAAAAUACAUAAGAAUUCUUUCUAGAAAAAAAAUGUUAAAAAUCUCAGAUUUAGGUAGAUUGUCAAUGAUUAAAAGGUACAUUAUACUGUAAGUUUUAAUUUUACUUUAGUUCCUGGGUUUUGAGCUGUUAUUGAGUAUUCAACAGUUUUCUUCAGUUUUAGAGCAAGUAUUGCACUUCCUGUAGGACACUAAAGGUUUGUUUUUUAUGUAUAUGUACAGUUAAAUGUACUAGGGCAUACUAUUUAUUUUUUGUUUCAUCUCUCUUAGAGCAUUUGCAUUUGCGCUUAACAUUUUUUUCAAUCUUAGAUGAAACUUCCACCAGUAAGAGUUCUAUUGGAGAUGUUCUGUAAAUUGAAGUGAACCUUGGGACCAUGUGGAAAGAUGGAAAGAGGGGAAGUUAUAACUCAGUUUGAAAAUUAAAAUAAUGUAAGAUGGUUAUUAAAGAACAAAAGUUAAACUUUUUUCAGUUGUAUGUUAAAAUUGUAACAUAGACGGAUUUGUCUAUCUUCAACUAAAGGAAUAAGCCAAAAAAUGUAUAAAACUAUACUGUCACUAGUCUGCUUGGAACUUGUCAAAUGCAUAUGAAAAGGCACUCCUGAGAUAAUAGAGGACAUACUGAGAGUCAGAAACCUACAUUGAUGUAAAACUCCAUCCUAAAUAGAAGUUAGUUGUACGUCUUUCUCCUCUUUCUUUAUGAAGACAGUUGUAAAGUGUACUAUUUUUGCAGGAGAAAAAAUGCACUGUCAUCCGUUUCAAUCCGACAUUGACAUUGAUGUAAAUUUAAAGAUAGCAAAUUAGUAAAAUAAAUUAUUUAAUCAAAGUCA